AUGGAAAACUCGAAAUACGUUCGUAAUCGUUCAAUUAUUCGAACUCCGAGAUCGCAUUCUGAAGCAAAUGAUGCGCUGGUCUUGGCGUUCUGUACUUCCAACGUGUCCUUCCGAUUUGUGAAGAACAGAUUCUUCAAAUUGUUCUGUCGUAGUUUGGACCCGGAUUAUGAAUUAUUGUCACCAGAUGCUAUUCGUCGAAAAUUAUCCGAAAAUUCAAAGGAAUACAAAAGAAGAACAAAAACUGAACUGCUACAGAUGAAUAAGUGUUUCAUCUCAGUGGAUGGAUGGGACGGAAAAUUCGAGACUGUCGCAAUCUACGCUGUCUAUGUGUACUACAUCGAUUCAAGUUUUCGUCGCAAGAAGACGUUGCUUGGUAUUCGGCAGUUGAAAGGAAAAAGCACUGCAGAAAAUGUCGGUGAUUUGGUUACUGAAGUUCUCCAAGAAUUCGACAUCGAAAUGGGGCAAGUGAUUGGAGGAAUAUGUGAUGCUGGCAGCAACUUGAAAUGUUUUCUGGAUAAAAAUUCGUUAUAUCAUGUGCACUGUAUUGCUCAUUCUGUUUCGCUAAUCUUGAAAGCUGCUGCCGAGAUGCCAUCAAUGUCACCAAUCCUUGCCAAGGUCAACAAACUGGCUAGCCACUUGUCUCGCUCGAAAACCGAUCGGACUAUUUUCAGAGAAAGAUCUACAGCGCUGAAGAUUGCGGGUCGAAUUCCACUCCCGUUUUGCAUCACGAGAUGGGGAGGAUCUGCAAUGCUAGCGAAGGCGUACCUGGAUCAUUUUCAAAGUAUCAGCUCGUUGUCAAACUUUCAAACAUUUCUACUUGACUCUACUGAAAAAGAUGCGCUGGAACAUUUUGUAAAUGUGACGAGUCCAUAUCUAGAAGCGAUUUCUCAGGGAGAAACAGAUGAUUCUUUCUCAUCUUCUAUUCUGGUGCAAUACGCGAGUCUUCAUCAUUUCAUUAAAUCACUGGAGCAGCGUAAAACCAUAACUCGUCUUCUCUCCGACGAAACUUUGAAUCGUUACAUUGGGUAUCUUGAGAAUGAUGCAUGUUUAAUCGCUACAUUCGUUGAUCCACGUUACGCAUAUAUGCCGGGAGUGAUCAAUUCGUUAAAAUGGGAAGAUGUUGAAGCAAUAGUUGAAAAUUAUUGUGGUACGAUAUGUGGAAUCUCAAACGGAGUCUGCUCAAUCUGGAACUACAAAGGUAGGUUUUUUAUCGAUGCGAAUUAUGCACUAUUUCAGAACGAAAUCGUCGAAUAUGAGGCCUUGAUUCGUGCUGCUCGCCCUCCAGUCACCUCGUCCCCUCUUCAUUUCUGGCAUACGCAAUCUACGAGAUUCCCUCAGUUAUCCCGUUUGGCGAGUCAUUUCCUUUCGAUUCCGAUGUCGUCUGCUCAAGUCGAGAGGCUCUUCAGUCGCUGUGGAGACAUUCUCUCGUCGUGCAAGCGUAACAGAUUGACAGCGACAACUCUCAACGACAUGUUGUUGAAUUCAGCUCUUGGUCAGCUAAAUCUUGCUUCAGAUGAUGAGGAAAGUGACUUUGAAUCGGACGGAGAAUCCGAAAAUUCGCCUAUAGUAUCAUCAGUUCCUGCACCAUCUACUAUCGAUCCGUCUACCAGCACUGCACCACCAGCUGUCGCUUCAACUUCAAACACGAUCUAA